AUUUCUCGUCUUUUUUCUUUUCUUGUCUUUUCUUGUUUUUGAGCGAAUCCCGAUCUUCAAUGGGGACCAACGUAGGAGCCUGAAAUGGCGGAAACAGCGUAAAGAUAUCCACAACAGGCAUCGACCCAGACAACCCACCAUCCCGAAACUAGAGAGACUCUGCACGGAAAGAGAAGAGAAAGGAGGAUGGUGGUGGCGAGGGAGGAUCAAGAAGAGGGCGUGAUGGCGACGGACUUCUUCUGGUCCUACACCGACGAGCCUCACGCCUCGCGGCGGAAGCAGAUCCUCUCUCAAUACCCUCAGAUCAGGCAGCUCUUCGGCCCCGACCCCUGGGCCUUCCUCAAGAUUAGUGUCGCAGUGCUGCUACAGCUGGGAACGGCUACUUUGCUCCAUGAUGCAGGGUGGCUAAAGAUUCUGGUUAUUUCCUAUUUCUUUGGGUCUUUUCUCAAUCACAAUCUCUUUCUAGCCAUCCAUGAACUCAGCCACAAUCUCGCCUUCUCAACUCCGGUAUACAACCGCUGGCUUGGAAUAUUCGCUAAUCUCCCCAUUGGUGUUCCCAUGUCUGUAACCUUCCAAAAGUAUCACCUGGAGCACCAUCGCUACCAGGGAGUUGACGGGAUGGAUAUGGACGUUCCGAGCCUCGCUGAAGCCUAUCUUGUGAGAAAUGCUUUCACGAAGUCCAUAUGGGUAGUCUUGCAACUCUUCUUCUAUGCUCUGCGGCCUCUGUUUCUCAAACCAAAACCUCCUGGUAUUUGGGAGUUCAUCAAUUUCAGCAUUCAGAUAGCCCUCGAUGUGUCCAUGGUUUAUUACUGGGGUUGGAAAUCUUUUGCUUAUUUGAUCCUUUCUACAUUUGUUGGGGGUGGGAUGCACCCAAUGGCCGGUCAUUUCAUCUCAGAACACUAUGUUUUCAAGCCAGACCAAGAGACAUAUUCCUACUAUGGUCCCCUGAAUCUUAUGACAUGGAGCGUAGGAUACCACAAUGAGCACCAUGAUUUCCCUAGGAUUCCAGGAAGCAAACUUCAUAAGGUGAAGGAGAUUGCACCGGAGUAUUACGAGGGGCUUGAUGCAUAUAAAUCUUGGAGCCAGGUCAUUUACAUGUAUAUCAUGGACUGCACUGUGGGGCCUUUCAGCCGAAUGAAAAGAAAACCAUUGGGGACUUCCAAGAAAUCUGAAUAGGUUCCCCUUGACUUGUCCCUUUUUGUUCUCUGUAGUGGUGACUGCAAUUUUCACUCGAUGAUUACGUAUACUUCAGCGAUUAGUGUUUAUAUAGCUGUAGACUGAAACGAGUGAGUCAUUUGUUGAUUAACUGAAACACCAGAUAAUUUAUUCGUUUAUGUUGACAAGGCAUGCAGAA